UCGAGAAUGAGAUAUAAUUUCGAGAAAAAUAGUUCCAUCGAGGAGCAGUUCAUGUGGCUUCUUAGAUUCGCAACUAUCAAACAAAUAAAAGACUUUUUAACACAGAACCCGUCGAUAGAUUUGCAUUAUCCCACGCCAAAUUUAAAAACACCUCUGACAUCAGCCAUUGAUCGAGGCGAUCCACAAAUCUUGUCAAUUUUAUUGGAUAACAAUUUAAACGCUUUAAACGAUACCGUCACUCAACCUUGGGGAAGAACAGCUCUCAUGUAUGCAUCAUUCGUUUCGAGAAAUACGGAAGUGUUGCAAGUUCUUUUGAAAAAGGGAGCGGAUCUAGGAAAAGUGGACAUGAGAGGCUGGACUUGUCUUCAGUACGCCAUUGUAGCAGAACGAUCAAAAAAUGUUCUGUUUCUUCUAGAAGCUGGUGCCUCUAUAAAUCAGCAAGAUUUCCAAGGACGUACACCGCUUAUGGUAUCAGUGUAUCUUUCGAACGUGGACAUUGUUUCACUUUUGUUGAAUCACGGUGCUGAAAUUAAUUCACUGGACAAUAGGAAUUUGACUGCUCUUCAGAUAGCGAUUUUAUGGAGGAAGAGAGAUGCGGCGAUAAUUUUAAUUGAAAGAGGAAGCGAUACCAGCGUCGUUACACCUUUGACUAAGGCGUCGAUAGGUGAAUUAUCAAAAACUAGCAUGCCUAAUAUUCUUCGAUGCAUUGAACCAAAGACAAGGAUAUAAUUGAACUGAUGCGUGUUUAUUGCAUUGCUUCUUUCCACUGGUUUACUUUACCGCUGCGCAUGAAUUCAUCGUUACCAUCAAUCGGUCUG